CCACGGCUACGGAUUAUGCCUUCUGUAUAACACUCGAUGGGAAGGGCACGGUGGCGUACAUGAUUUGUGUCUGUCUGUGCAGCGGUCCUGCAACUUGUUACCUUGGGUCAACCUCAGCAAGGAGUUUUAUGAAUACCGGUAAGCAACAGAAGCCAGUGCUAACAGGCCAGAGGUUCAAGACCAGGAAAAGGGAUGAAAAAGAGAAAUUUGAGCCCACAGUGUUUCGAGAUACGAUCGUCGGGGGCCUCAACGAAGCAGGCGGGGACCUGGAUGCUGUAGCCAAGUUCUUGGACGCAACCGGUUCGAGACUUGACUACCGUCGAUAUGCCGACACGCUCUUUGACAUCCUCAUUGCCGGGAGCAUGCUUGCUCCCGGCGGCACUCGCAUUGACGACACUGACAAGAGCAAGGUGACAGAGCAUUGCGUGUUCAAUGCAGACGAGGACCACGCUGCUGUUCGUACCUAUGCUCAGGUAUUCAAUAAGCUGAUCAGGAGAUACAAAUAUCUAGAGAAGGCCUUUGAGGAGGAAAUCAAGAAGCUCCUGCUCUUCCUGAAGGCCUUCAGCGAGCCGGAGCAGACCAAGCUGGCCAUUCUGACAGGCAUCCUCCUGGCCAAUGGCACGCUUCCCCCUCCCAUCCUCACCAGCCUCUUCAGCGACAAUCUGGUUAAGGAAGGGAUCUCGGCAUCCUUUGCAGUAAAGAUGUUCAAAGCCUGGAUGGCUGAAAAAGAUGCCAAUGCUGUCACUUCUGCACUGAGAAAAUCCAACCUGGACAAGAAGCUUCUGGAGCUUUUCCCUGCCAACAAGCAGAAUGUGGAGCACUUCUCUAAGUACUUCACUGAGGCAGGUCUGAAGGAGCUUUCGGACUUCCUGCGUGUCCAGCAGUCCCUGGGGACCCGUAAGGAGCUGCAGAAAGAGCUGCAAGAGCGUCUGUCUCAGGACUGCCCCAUCCGCGAGAUAGUGCUGUACCUGAAGGAGGAGAUGAAGAGGAAUGAGCUCCAGGAGCAGGCCGUCAUUGGGCUGCUAUGGACAUGCUUGAUGAACGCAGUGGAGUGGAACAAGAAGGAGGAGCUGGUUACAGAGCAGGCCCUCAAGCACCUGAAGCACUACGCCCCCCUGCUGGCUGUGUUCAGCACCCAGGGUCAGUCUGAGCUGGUGCUACUGCAGAAAGUUCAGGAGUACUGCUACGAAAACAUCCACUUCAUGAAGUCCUUCUCCAAAAUUGUGGUGCUCUUCUACAAAGCUGAUGUUCUGAGUGAAGGAGCCAUCCUGAAGUGGUAUAAGGAUGCCCCAGCGGCCAAAGGAAAAAGCGUCUUCCUGGAGCAGAUGAAGAAGUUUGUGGAAUGGCUGCAGAAUGCAGAAGAGGAAUCUGAAUCAGAGGGAGAGGAUGACUAGCACCAGAGCCCAGAAGAAGGUGCUGUACACCAGCCAGCCUGUGCUUUGCUAGUCUUGGUAAUAGGGUUUUGGGCAGGAGCUGCGGAUUGUCAUUCUCUCUGUUCCCACCGAUGAGCAUGACACUCACCUUUGGGGCGUUUGUGUUUGAGUUUAGGGAUGCUGAAUAAUGGCACUUAGAAGUUUGCGUAGGCAAUCUUUUUAAAAACACACAGGGCUGUAAUGGUGAUUUCCUUUAACCAGCUAUUCAGGUACAGCAGAAGGGCCUUACUGUCUGUUGCAGGUUAUUUACACAUUUAUUACACAUUAAUGACUUGUACAUGUAAAAGUUCCUUUUUUGUGUGUUUGUUUUUAUGAAUAAAUGUUUUUUAUUUAUUAAAAAUGUAGGAUGUU